AUGGGUAAACAUGUACAAUUAGUGAUGGGUCCAGCUGGAAGUGGAAAGUCAACAUAUUGUGACACAAUGAGAAAAUAUUGUGAAGAAAUUAAAAGAUCAGUACAUAUUGUAAAUUUAGAUCCAGCAGCAGAAGUAUUUGAAUAUCCAGUAUCGGUUGAUAUAAAGAAUUUAGUUACAGUUGAUGAAGUUAUGGAUGAAUUACAUUAUGGACCAAAUGGUGGAUUGGUUUAUGCAAUGGAAUAUUUAAUAGAGAAUAUGGAUUGGUUAACAGAUGAAUUGGGUGAUUAUGAAGAUGACUAUUUAAUUAUCGAUUGUCCAGGUCAAAUUGAAUUAUACUCUCAUAUACCAGUCAUGAGAAUACUGGUUGACCAUUUACAACAAAUUGGGUAUAGUGUUUGUUCUGUAUUUUUAGUAGAUUCUCAAUUCAUUCUAGAUAAUUGUAAAUUUAUAAGUGGUGCAUUAAUGUGUUUAUCUGCUAUGGUUCGUUUAGAAGUACCUCAUAUUAAUGUUUUAACUAAAAUUGAUGUUUUAAAAACUUCUGAUCAAUAUAAAGAAAUUGAAAAGUUUUUAGAUUUAGAAGUACAAAAUUUAGUUGAAGAAUUAAAUUUAGAAACUCAUGAUAGAUAUCAUAGAAUGAAUAAAGCAAUUGGUUCAUUAUUGGAAGAUUUUAGUUUAGUUGGUUUUGUACCAUUGGAUAUUACAGAUCAAGAGAGUUUGAAUGUUUUAUUACAACAUAUUGAUAAUUCAAUUCAAUAUGGUGAAGAUUUAGAACCAAAGGAACCACCAUUAGAGAAUGAUGAUGAUGAUGAUGAUGACGAAGGUGAUGAAAUCAUUAGGAUGAUGAAUGGAAAUCUUUAA